AUGGCGACCCCCCAAAUUAUCACCUGCCAGUCCACCGUGGACAUCCCGGCUGUUGAUAUUGCCUCGUUCGUUUUCUCAUCCGGGACACCUGAAUCUCGCCAAAACCCGCAAUAUUUCGAUGCGGAUUCGCCAUCACGAUGCUACAGUUUGAGUGAAGCCGAACUCUAUGUGAAACGAAUUAGCAAGGGUCUAAUCAAUCAUGGUCUUCAGCCGGACGACAAAGUAAUGCUCUUUUCUGGGAAUGCGCUCUACUUUCCGGUACUUUUUUGGGGUGUAGUUGCUGCUCGCUGUGUAUUCACCUCGGUCAACCCUGGUGCCUCCGAGACGGAGCUUGAAUACCAACUGCGAGACUCCGAAUCAAGGAUAUUGCUGGCCCAUCCCUCGGCUACUACAAUAGCACUAGCUGCUGCUCGGCGAGCAGGCUUGCCUAUCGAACGCGUGUUUGCUUUCGUGGAUCCAGGUGAAGUAGCAGAAAGCAAGACCGCGCCAUUGCGCCCGUGGACAGAUUUAUGGUGUUCUCCAGAUGAAGUUGCCACCUGGCGCUGGCAUCGGAUUGAGUCACUGGAAGAGGCACAAUCUACCACCGCCAUCUUAAACUACUCUAGUGGAACAACCGGAACCCCAAAGGGUGUGGAAAUAUCGCACUAUAAUGCCGUGGCCAAUUCGAUUCAAUUGGUUGCGAAACGUUCCAUGGUGGAUGACACGGAGGCAGCGCGCGCCAGGAGGGCCCGCUUGGAUAUCAUUGGUGAGCGAUGGCUCGCUCCGCUUCCUAUGUACCAUGCCUACGGUCAAACGUAUUACUGCAUGAACGCUGCACGUCUCGGAGCCAAAGUUUACAUUAUGAGGAAAUAUAAUCUGUCGAAACUCCUGCUAUAUGCCGACCUUUACCGGAUCACAUUCCUCACUCUUGUCCCGGUCAUUGCGAAUAUGAUGGCCCGUCACCCUCAUCCGGCGAUGUACAAUUUGAAGUCUGUCGAAAGCAUCGUCUGUGGAUCAGCUCCGUUGAACCCAGAUUUAGCCCAGGUAGUGGCCCGGCUUUAUCUUCGCAACGGUGUCACCAUAAAGCAGGGACUGGGGAUGACGGAAACCACCUGUUCUCUGACCCAGUUUGCGCCUGAUGAUAAGGAUGAUGGCCGCUCAGUGGGCUGGUUGAAUGCAAACUGUACAGCCCAGGUGCGACCAGUCCCUGGCGAGGAUUUUACCGACGGUGCACCCCCGGGGCGGCCGGAACAGACACGAGAGAGCAUCCACGUUGACGCCAAGGGUGUCCGAUGGCUUCGCACUGGUGACAUAGGCUAUGCCACUGAAAAGGGCCAUUUUUAUCUAGUAGAUAGGCUGAAGGACCUUAUUAAAGUUAAAGGCAUGCAAGUGUCACCUGCCGAGCUCGAGCUGACCUUACUGGAGCACCCAAAUGUCAGUGACGCAGCGGUCGUUGGGAUCAAAAGGCCUGAUGGCGAGUAUCCCUUAGGGUUUGUGGUUCGAAAAUCCGGGACUGUGACGGCCCGAGAGCUUCAGCAAUUGAUUGAAUCUCGCUUCGCCCCACACAAAUGGUUGACAGCCGGUGUACAAUUCGUGGAUUCUAUACCGCGCACAGCCAGUGGUAAAAUCAUCCGUCGGGCAUUGAGAGACUCGGGGCUCAAAGCGAAGCUUUGA